CGAGCCGGGACCGGAGCGGCGCGGCGAGGCGAGCCGGGUAGAGGCGAGGGCGGCGGCGGCGGCUCGGGCCGGGCGGUGUCCGCGUUCCGCGACGCCUCUCCCUCGAGCGGGUUUCUCCUGAGGGACCCGUUCUCUUCGCCGCCGCACGCACGGGAUCCCCCGUCCUUUCCGCCGCCCCGCAAGCGAAGCCCCCUCAGAUUCCCGUCCGCCUGCCCGGGCAGCGCCUAACCGCCUUCAGCCCGCCCCUCGCGGGUGGCCUCGUUCUCCAGUCAUGGCUCUCUACAGGCGCCUGUCCCGACUGGCCGCCCACCUGCAAGACCCACAGAAAGUGGCCGCUUUCCAGCGGCUUUGCGGGGUGGAGGGGCCUACGGGCUGGGCCGAUGCGGAGCAGCGAGCCGGAGCCCGGGGGCCGGUGGCUAACGGCAGCUCGCCGACCGUGGAGCGGGCGGGAGGGCAGGGGCAUCCCGCCGGGAACGGGACCGUGCUCGGUGGGGCGGGUCCCCCGCAGCGGUGGAGGAGGAGGCCGCGGCGCAACUCCCUCACGGAGGAGGACGGCAGCCAGGAGUUCUCCACCCGCAGCCGCUUCCUCUACUAUCUCUUCAGCCUGGGCACGGAGCUCGGCAACGAGCUCUUCUACAUCCUCUUCUUCCCCUUCUGCAUUUGGAACUUGGACGCCUGGCUGGGCCGGAGGCUUAUCAUCAUCUGGGUGUGGGUGAUGUACCUUGGGCAGUGCACCAAGGAUGUCAUCCGCUGGCCGCGGCCUGCCUCCCCGCCUGUGGUGAAGCUGGAAGUGUUCUACAACUCGGAGUACAGCAUGCCCUCCACUCACGCCAUGUCGGGCACCGCCAUACCCCUGGCGCUCCUGCUGCUCAGCUACGGCCGCUGGCAGUAUCCCCUUAUGUUUGGACUGAUCCUUGCAUUCUGCUGGUGUUUGUUGGUUUGCUGUAGUCGAAUUUACAUGGGAAUGCAUUCAAUUUUGGAUGUUAUUGCUGGAUUUCUGUAUGCUAUUCUUAUCUUGGUUGUCUUCCAUCCAGUUGUGGACCUGAUUGAUAACUUCAACUUAACUUACAAAUAUGCACCCUUAAUUAUCAUCAGUCUCCAUUUAGCCCUGGGCAUCUUCUCUUUCACUUUAGACACCUGGAGCACAUCUCGAGGCGACACAGCUCAAAUACUGGGCUGUGGUGCUGGAGUAGCCUGUGGCUCUCAUGUUAACUACAUGAUGGGUCUAAAUCUAGAUCCUCCUCCCAAGACUUUACCUUUAUCACUUUCCUCUCUCACUGUGACUGUGUUUGGAAAAGCCAUAUUGCGGUUGUUAAUCGGAGUAAUAUUUCUGUUGUUAACAAAAGUAGUGAUGAAAAAAGCCACUAUUCCACUGGCAUGUAAAAUAUUUUGUAUACCACACGACGAUGUACGGAAAGCAAGACAACGCAUGGAAGUUGAGCUUCCCUAUCGUUAUAUUACAUAUGGAACGGUUGGGUUCUCCCUCAUGUUCAUUGUUCCUUGCCUCUUCCACUUCAUUGGUCUUUCUUGAUGCAGUUUUAUCACUUUCAAUAGAGAGAACAGAGCUAGCUGCUUUUCAAAGAGGUGCACAAUCUGCUAAGGCAAGGCUAGUGAGCUUCGCUUUGGCAGGGUCUUCACUUUAACAGCAAUACAUAGAAGGCAAAGCAUUUAAAGAACUUUGCACAUCUUUGUGUAUGGUAUGGGGUCAAAAGCCAAAUAUCAAUCCACAAGAAGUGCUGAACUCUAUAAAUGCUGUGUCUAGACUUAUUGCUGUAACAAAGUCUGUGUGUGUGAUGCAAUUAAUGUAUCUGGAAUGUCUGUACCUGUGUACAUUGACAUUUUAACAGGUAUGUCAGGCGGCUGAUCAGAAAGCUUCAUUCAUGACCUGUUUGCCAUUUCAUAAUAACUUACUCAAGUUGUUGGACCACAGACUGCGAAAUUUGUUUUCCUCUAUUCUUUCCUGAAGCCCUACUUCAAGGUUUUUCAGCUAAUAGGCAUUUCCAAUGGACCAAACUUGUAAUGAGUUUGAAUUUUUCUAAAGAAGUAAAUAGAAGCCUUCAUUUUUUUUUUUUUUUUUUUUAGCCCCCUCUACAGACUAAAAUGCAUGGACUGGUAUUGGUAGAUACCACUAAAGUGUAUGUGAUCCAGGUACUGUAGUUUAUGGUUUAAUAACUGUGCCUUGCUGUUACUAAAUUAAGAAAUGCCAUAUAUACUGUGAUGUAAAAAUGCCAAAUUUUACUUAAAAAUGCUACAUAAUUAGGCAGAUAUUUUUAAAUGUUAGAUUGUCCAUCAUGUUGCUGGCAUGGUUCAAGUUAACUGGAAAAUACUCAGUGUAGCCUGAUCAAAAUUGCAUAAAUAAAAUAACGCAAGAAUCAUGUCCUUAAGCUAAAGAUGUUGUAAAUGGACAAUAAUCCCUUUUGUAAGUAUUUUUAAUGUGUAUUGUAAGUUACUGGAAGAGGAUAUAUUUUUCUGGAGAUUGUUUAUAGUGGACAGAUAUUCAAAAUUAAUUAUCUAAACAUAUAAACAAUAAAAACAUGCCAUUCUGCAAAAAAAUGGGCUUCAUUUAUUAUUCCAAACUAAUUUAGAAACACCAUUGUUUUUAGAUACUUUCUUAGGAAAUAUAAUCCUUAUUCUUGAAAAAAUACAUGUAUUUUUAUCCAUUAAUAUAUUUAAAGAUAAUAGUAACUUUUACUCCAUUUAGGUAGGUAUAAGACAAUUUAAUGAUCAAAUUAAAUUUUUAAUCAUUCUGAUAGGUAGAUUGUGAGCAGUCAAGACAAUAUGGUCAAUGUAUAAACAGUUUGUACAUAUCUAAGUUUUACUGGAUUAUUAUGCACUUUUCAGCUUUUCAUGAUCCUUUUCCCAGUGAUGAGUAGAAUAUGACCCUUCAAUGGGAAUUUCAUGUACCUCUUGUGUUUCAUUUUGUCCAUGUUCAUGUGUUGCUUAAUCUGUUCUUUCCGUGUCAGGAACAGUCACAUUGUAUGGCCAGAUGUGAAUUAGUUUUGUACUGUACUUCUUUUUUUUUUCCCGGGAAAAUCAUAAUUUGGUUGAAAAGUCUAGUGAUAGAAUAUAAAGCUUAAAUUUUUUUGUAAAUAAUAUUUGGAAUUGGAAAGAUUUUUCGUAUUGGAGCUCAUAACUCCAAACUGUUAAUAUGUAAAUUAACAAAGUUAAUCUCUUUCUUCAGAGCACCAAAGUUAUGGUACGCCAGCACUAGGUGAUACAAAAAACUAACUUUUCUGAUGCAUUUCUUCAGUGCACUAAGAAUGUACCACUAUGAAUGUAUUCAGAACUGAUAGUGUAUUAAACAACUUCUACAGUUGAGAAGACCUUCCUUAAUAGAAAAUGGUUUGCUUAUUUCAGUGCGUGUUUCUGGAUUUGAUUUUUCUAUCUGUUCCUCUUUUGCAGUUUAAUGCUGAAUGUGCAGUAAAAGGUAAACUGGUUUCCAAGGUUUCGAGGGAGGGAUUUCCACUUGUUUGGCUUUGCACACAAUAGUCAUUAAAUAAACAGCUGGGGGGAAUGUACACAAAAUGCCUUACACUUAAAGCCCUGAGCAAGCGAUGUAGUUCAAAUUAGAUUAAAUUAGUCUGAGGACUGGUGAAAAGAAUAGGAUAACUUUCUCUGAAGUUUAAAGCAUAUUCUCCUUAAAUAUCCUAGCUUCACAUUUUAUAGCGAAAAAAUGUUUAAAUUGUAGUACAGAAGAGACAAGUGAGCAAGACUGAUCUUUCAUGGUACGUAUUUGACUUCUAGGAGCUUCAGAUUUACCGCAUAAGGGUAUUCUUAAAGCUGUCUUUCCUAGCUGUGUUUGCUCUCUUCUAUGAAUGGAAAAUAAAAUCUACUGUGAAAGAACUAGAAUAGGAGAAAAAAAAUCAUAUGCAGGUAGGGCUUUCAAUGGGCGAAGGAAUAUUGCACUGUAGCUUAUACUACUGUUACUCAUAAAGAUAUAUAUUUUUAUACAUUACAUAGGAUAACUUCAGAAUGUCAUGUUCCAUGUACCACAUAGUCUAGUCCACAGAAAGCGUAUAUCAAUGUUUAUACAGCACCUUCACAAUGCACCUUCACAACCCUGUUUCUAAGACUGCAACAACUCUACAGAAGUUUACAUGAAAAAAAUGUUACUAUUCUAUUUUCAUGGUUUAUAAGGAGUUACAGUCAUGAGGGCAGUUGAGCUCAAAAUAUCAUGCAAUAUGACUACUGUUAUAAAGAACAAAAAAUGCAAAAAUUUAAAAAACACUUUAAAUAUGAAAUAUUUGUAUUUUUAAUAUAUUUAUGUCUAACAAGAAUCUAAGAUCCUUCAAAUUGGGCAUAAUAAAACAGCAGGUAUAACUAGAGCACUUCCUUUACACAAAGCAAUUCCUAGGGUAGAACAUGAAAACUGGUUCUUGUAUAAGCAUCAGCUGGUACCAAAUUAUUUAUAAAUAAAUUUAAUAUAACUUUAAAAGGUAGUUAAAUGACUCUUCAGAAGGACAGUACACAUUAAACCUUUCAUGAAGUGGUGUAAAAACAUUCAUACAUCACUGCUUGUUCCAGGUUGUAUCAUCCCAAGGAGAUAAAUACUGCUACUGUAUAGAAGCAGAUACAAAUACACAUUUAUUACAAAAAGCCAUGAGUUAAAUUUGUCUUCUUUGACUACUAUAUGAAAUAACACCUGAAACAAACAAUCGUGUAGAGUGCAAUUUGGCAUGAAAUUCUGUUUUCCAAGAGGCCGAAGAGACUUGAAUUAUUCUCAGGCUGUGUUAAACAUAGGAGUAGGAUUUUUCUUGACCUGGCCCUCAAUCAGAACUAACAUAUGCAUUGCAUCUUGGGCAAGUCUGAGAAGCUAUUAUUUCGGAAAGAAAAUAAUGUUUAUAAAAGAACUAUUACUUCUGCUUCCCAUACCAUGUACUGGGGUUGAAGCAUCUUUCUCCUAUGAAGCUCACCUAUGAAGCUGUUCAGUCUUUGAUCACAUUUGCCUUACCACUUACCUUGCAAACUGGGGGGCAGAGGAGGUGGAUAAGCUAUUUUAAGUUAAAUUGGUGAACCAAAGGGAGCUGUAUUUUGUUUACUUACUUGGAGAUUUGUUUUUUUAAGCUUAUGUACAGAUUGUCUCCUGUGGGAGAGAAUAGUAAAUAAAAAACCCCAAACAAAUGAAAAAUCAGAAGGAUGCAUUUCUUUUAAAGCAGCAUCUCUAAAUGUGGUUAUGUGGCUUUUUUAUUUCUUUUAUUACCAGAACAGUGUUAAAUUGUCUGGAUUUUAAAAGCUAUUACGUUUUCCUUUACUACUAUCUUGUUAAUACUGCUUUCAGUAUGUUUUACUCCAUUUCUUGCUUAUUUCCAAGGGAUUGUCCUGAACUUUUUGUAAGCAAUUGCUAAUUAUGUGAAGAUUGUAAUUCUGAACUUGUAAAAACUUAAGGGCUGUUAGUGGCUGUUAGCUACUCCAGUACACAAAACCAAACCUUGCAUGCUGUAAGUAAAUUCAUCUGUUGUGCUAAAAGUUGUUUAUAUUUCAGUAUUUAUUUUCUCAAUACAAAAUCGAUAUUUUUCCUUUCGCACACAAUAAAUACAUCAGAUACUUAAUAACUCGGUAAUACGAAGGGGCAUUGCUGUUAAAUUCCUGUUAAGUUUACUGGGAGUUCUGCAGCUAGUUCCUUCCAUGUUACAUGGAGAGUGGAUCCUGAAGGUCAUGUCUAUGCUCUAAUGUGCACGUAUCAGUGUGUGUGAAGUGACUUGCUUUCUAAGGUGUAAAUGUAAUAGUCUUGCUUUUGAGGUCUGAGAUUGCUGUUCUUAAAUUCACACUUAGCCCAGUUUUUACAAGACUUUUAAAGGGCUUAACUUGGAAGCUGUUUCUGUAGCUGGAAUUGGCUGUUUGUUUGCAGUACUUAAUUCAUGCUUUCCCCUCUGUACCAUAAUUGCACUGAAUGCCAAGAUACCAGAAUAAUGUCAGUAGGUAAAAGGAUGAGAGGAGAACUGAUUUCUUGAGGUACUGUGACUCAACUUACUGUAAUUGAUUCUUAGGUGUUUUUUUUUUGGUCUAAUAUAGGAUGUUUCUAGGUUAUACAAUUAAUUUCUAUAUUCUGCAAAUGUCUUUGAGGAAACUUUGACCUUUUUUUGUGGGGGGAAGUAUUAUUGAAUGACUUCAUGCCAGAACUUUAUUCUAGUAGAAAAGAUUAAGUGGCCUUUUUGUUUCAGCAAAAAGUGAUAAGCUUAUUUUAAAGUUUACUGUAAAUACUGUAUUUGUCAAAUUGAUAGAUUAGUUGGGUCACUUAUGAAACAAAGGCAAACAAAGCUUGAGACAGAAUGUGAUACUGUAUGUUAGAGAAGAUACAGCUCAGUAGGUGUUCUCUAAAAAGUGAAUACCACAUGCUGAAGUUUAAGCAAAUAUAACUAUGCAUUAGAAACAUUUCUCUGCACUCUGUUCUGCACCAGAAAUAAUAUGUAUGUUGGUAAGAGUCCUUUCAAAGCAAUAGGUGUUUGCAGCAUAUAAUAGUAACAGUUACUGGAGAAUCAAAGAGGAAUGGAGGAGUACAAAGGAGACCAUUAUCUUCAAGAUAUUGACCAGUACAUAGAAAGUCCUGUCAAGUUGGAAAUUUUUAUUAGUCAGUAAACUUUGACUAAAUUAGUCACUACAGUUUUCCCACAACUUAAUUGCUUUUAGAAAGUGUAAAGAAAGACAAAGGUGAUAUUCCUGAAAUAGAAAUUAGAUCUUAAGGCAGUUCUAGAUGUCUAAAGUAAUGUAACUGAGAAUGAUUAAUUCAUGAGCCAGUAAACUGAAAAGUAACAGCAAAGUCUAAGGAGGAUUUUGUCUUAAUGCACUUAAAACUAUGCCAAAAUUUGGCCUAUACUUGAUUUAUAUGAAAUCUGUAGUAUAAUAUAUAUAUAUGAAAUAUAUUGCAUAUUGGAGUUUAAUUUUUUAUGUACAGAUUUUUUCUUGUUACUGCAUUCCCUGAUAAAAGCAGGUGUUCAUAAAACAUAAACCAGUUUUGUCUGUACAAGGCAAGGUUUUGUGUUAGUAGUAUUUCAGGAAAGAAUGCAGUUGUAACCCCCUGUAUCUCAACCUCUUGGAGAACUACUGAAAAAACAAAGCAAAACAAACAAAACAAAACCCCUUUCAAAUGCAAGCUCUGAGUUAGAGUAUCAUAUAAUGGUUGCUGUAUAAUAGUGUAGAACUGAUGUUUUAAAAAUUAAUACAUUGGAACUUUUUGUUAUAGUAUCCUUAAUGAUUUUGUACUCAUUGUACACUUCUGCAGUUGUCAACUAAUGUUUGAACUCAUAUUGACUGGUAACUGAAGUGUCUUAACUUCAUCUGCAAUGAGUGGGUAAUAAAAGUACUGUUGGAUUGA